AUGCAUCUCUCUAAGGGAAGUUCAAAGGUAAUUAAUUUCAUCCAUGUAGAGACUGCAACUCUAAUCUUGCUAAUUUGUGAGUGGUUUACUUGGAUACUUUACUUACAUAUAUUGAUGAAUCGGGCAGAAAAUUGGGCAAACGUAGAUUUUAAUUUAUUAGUAGCUGGCCUCACUGCUUAUGGAGUUGUGCUGCUUCUGUCCUCCAUAGGAUUUAAAAAAAAAUGUCGGAACUUGUUCCAACUGCUAAUAUUUCUGCAGUUUGUGCGUCUCUGGGGCUUCACUGGAAUAGUUUUGAGUGAAGCUGCUGCCUUGCGGAACGAUUUAUACUAUGGUAUUGCGUUCUACAUGUACUAUGCGUUUAUUUUAAUAGUAUUCUAUGGGGAAAUGUAUUUGUCCUUAAAAUACUUCCGUUAUUUAGGUUCGUUCGAUGAGCAAAUUUCACCAGCUGUUAAGAUUGAUCUUUUCACGCAGAAUAUGUUUCAAUCACCAGUUCCUGGGAAUGUUGAAGUAGAGAGAGCAAAUUUGAGAACUAUUAAAUAG